AUGUGUGAAAGACUCGAAUGGGUUGAAAUUAUUGAGCCAAAAAGUAAAGAUCGAAUGUACGCAAAUUUGAUAACAGGUGAAUGUGUUUGGCAACCACCACCAUUGGCAAAAAUAAAAUUACAAAAUCAUAGUCAGUGGUGGGAGUUGUAUGAUAACAGUACAAAAAGACAUUAUUAUUAUAAUGCAACAACACAACGAACUAUAUGGAAUCGUCCACCCAACGCUGACAUUAUCCCGUUGGCUAAGUUGCAGAUGCUCAAAGAAAAUACGGAACCGAAAGAGGUUGAUAGACAAAAUACUGUUUCGUCGUUAGCUAAUAAUCCUACAAUGUCGCCGGCAUCAUCAAUUAAUCAUGCUUUAUUUCAUCAUCAGCAACAACAACAGCAAGGAGGAGGAUUAAUAAACAAUAUAUCCAAUACUAGCAAAGGAAAGCAAAUCUCUUUACAACCAUUAGAUGUCGUUAAUAGUUCUGGUAAUACAUCGAACAGUAAUAAUAAAACAACAUCAACAACAAAUAUUUCAACACCACCUCUUAAUUCAAUUGCACAAAGGUCUGUUCGACGUACGGCAACAAUAUUACAAUCAUUGUCACCUACUAAUGCCGUACCUCACCAAAUCAAUAGUAGUCGUCAAACAUUUGCAUAUAACGAUCAACAACAAAAACCUUCGUCAUCAACAUCAAAUUCUACCAAUUCACCAUCAUCGUCCCUCUCGUCAAAUUCAAGCUUUUUUUGUCGUACAAUUCAAAAUGAUUCAUCACAACAACAACAACAACAACAACUACUCUCACGUACUAAUGCACCAAUUCUAGACAAGUCAACUUCAUCCUCGUCUGCCAUCUCUUCGUCUUCAUCAUCAGUGAUUAAAUCUAUCGAAGAUAGUAGUAAAAAUUUGCAAACAAAAGCAAGUGAAAAAUCAACAUACGACAAUUUAAUUCACUCAAAUAAUGCUACUGUAGCAUCGUUGCCAACUUCAACAAAUUUAGAACGUAAAUCUUCUCGCCAUGAGCGAACAACACAAAAAUCAGCAAUAACACGCGGUGCUUAUCAAGAGCAACAACAAGAUAAUUGUUAUGAAAAAUCAGGUUAUGAUAAUUAUCCGAUUAUAAUGACAAAAUUUGAGUCAGCACGCAAAAAUAAUAAUAAUACCAUUAUGAAUCAGUCAGUUGAUGAACAAUCAAUAAUACCAAUGGAUACAGGAAAUGAAACAACGCUGAAUACAAAACGUUCACAAAGUAUUAAGUUAAAAAAAGAAUUAGCAUUGAAAUCGUCGCCAAACAGUCCACUAGGUGAUAUAACUGUUACAUCAUAUAAUCCAAGUGUGAUGUACAAUGAUAAUACUAAAAAACAACAACAACGUUCGAGUGUAAAGUAUUCAAAAGAUCAUGUCACCACAUUAUGUAACUUAAAUGCCGCUAGUUGUUCACCACUAAAUGAUUUGUUAUUUGAAACAAAUGCUAGUUGUCAACAAUCACCUAUACUUCGACAUAUAAGCAGCCCAUCAUUACAAAUGUCGACAUGUUCACUUCAUAAUCACUCACCUUCUCAUCAAUUACAAAUACACAACAGCAAUACAAAUCACGGUGCGACUAUCAAUAGUGCAUCAUCUACACUAAAUAGUAAACACAGUACAUGUAGUAGUACAGCCACAAAUUAUUCUGACAGUCCUACCACACCAUCGACACAUAGUCCAAUGAGUUUUAGUCGUUUAGCCUAUGGAAGAAGUCGAAUACGGAAAAAGCAACCACGGACAAAUCCAAACUAUGUUAAUAUUGAAAUAAAAUCGAAUGAUGGUUCAUUACGUAGUACAUAUAUUAAAAUUUAUAAUUCUGAGAAUAAUUCGUCAUCUGCUUCAUCUUCUUUGAAUUCCACAUCUGCCAAAUCUACGACUACUACAGCUGGAACAACGGGAACGACCAAUACAACUCAUUUUCAUUCACAACCAUUUUUGAAUUCAAAAGAAAUUAAUGAUCAUACACAUGUAAUAACGUCUUCUGAACAUUAUCCAUUUUAUCAAAGUAAUGAUACAAUAUCAAAAGGAAUUUGUCCUCUUCAUUCAUCUCAAACAUCGACUAAAACAGCGUUAAUAUUAUCCUCUUCGUCUUCUUCUUCGUCCUCGGCAACUCAAAAUGGUGGAUCAAAAAUACCAUCAAAUGAAAUGCUAACUAAUCAAGAUCAACAGCAUAGCAAUAGUACAAAUACGUUAACAAAUAAACCUCUGAUAAUGAAACAGUUUUCAAUCAAUGAUGACUCAACAAUUCAGCAACCAUUUAUAUCCUGUAAUGAUGAAUUUUUAUUUCAUUCGACAACAGAUCCAUUGAAUAUUAAUUUUCAACCGUAUAAGCCAAAUUCGAAUGCUACGACACCAAUUACUACUCGUACCGGUGGAUGCGGAUCAAAUACGUCAACGUUAUCAUCACCUAUAUUGCCAAUCUAUUAUGAUGGACAUUCGUCUUCAUCACCCCCAUCAGCACCGCCAACAAAUCAAAUUUCAACUCCGCAUCUGGCUGAUCGUAACGGUAACGGUUUAGUAUUUCGCCAUAAUGAACAGUGUGAUGAAUCAUCAAGUUUAAAUCGUCCAGUUUCCAUUCAUUUGCAAUCUUCGUGUGACAAUCAAGCAAGUGGUAAUAGUAAUCAAACAUCCGGUUAUAAACAGUCGUAUAUGGGUGAUCGAAAAGCAAAACAACCUGUUGCCUCGUUAAAUACAUGUUUGGAAUUAACAACGAAAGGUUGGAGUCUGCCUCCGAUUCGUGAUGAAUUGUAUCUACAGUUGAUCAAGCAGACCAGUUAUAAUAUAUCAGCGGAAAGCUUGCAACGUGGCUGGGAAUUAAUGGCUGUGUGUCUUUCAUUCUUUCCACCAUCGGCAAAAUUUCAGUCAUUACUUGAACGUUGGAUAAUCGUACAAUCGUCAGGCGAUGCUGAUACACAAGAAGUUCCGAUUAGUAUUUACGCCAAAGUUUGUCAAAAACGUCUUGAUAAAAUAAUUCAAACGGGACCAAAAAAAGGGUUGAAAAAACCGACAUUUGAAGAAAUUGAAUUGUCAAAGCAUACAAUACAUUUUCCAUCGAUGUUUGGCGCAACGCUAGAAGAAGUAAUGGCCAUGCAACGAACUAGAUUUCCUGAAAGACGUUUACCAUGGAUACAAACAACCUUAUCGGAAGAAGUUUUAAGGUUAAAUGGUGCUCAAACUGAAGGCAUAUUUCGAGUGCCGGGUGAUUUGGACGGUGUGAAUGCUUUGAAAGUAAAGUGUGAUCAAUGGCAAUUACCAUCAUUAGAAGACGCACAUUUACCUGCCAGUCUUUUGAAAUUAUGGUAUCGUGAAUUAUCUGAACCAUUAAUACCGUCUAUCUUUUAUGAACAAUGUAUAUUAUAUUGUGAUAUGCCUGAAACAUGUAUACGUUUGGUAAAUUCAUUACCCGAUAUCAACCGAGCAGUUUUAACUUAUUUAAUUAGAUUUUUACAAGUUUUUGCUGCUCCGGAAAAUGUUGUUAUUACGAAAAUGGACGUUAAUAAUUUAUCGAUGGUUAUGGCACCGAAUUGUUUACGUUGUGAAAGUGACGAUGCUAAAGUUAUAUUUGAAAAUGCUAGAAAAGAAAUGUUAUUUAUCAAAACGCUGAUACUUCAUCUUGAUACUAAUAGUAUAGAAGGUGUCAUUUAA